GUCCUCCGGCCGCCAGGGGCCGCUGCAGGGGCCGAGCCCGGACGCCCGUUGCCCGGGAGCAGCGGCCGGGCCCGCAAGGUCGGGAGCGGGCGGCGCUGAGAGGCGGACGCGGGCGUCUCGGCAGGAGCGCGGGGUUCUUGUGUGGACUGCAGGAUUUCAGGGUUCCCGGCCAUGCAGCAGCUGGCCCUGCCCCUACCGGUGCGCCCCAGGCCCCAACAGGAGCCCCUGCGCCUUCUCUCCUCGGAGCCUGCCCAGCGACUUCUGAGCCUGGGCUUCACCGGCAGCCCCAGCAGGAGCCGGGUCCCUGCUGGGCCGGUCAGCUCCUACCUGUGAGCUCUGGCUCCAGGCUAUGCCAUCCAAACUGGCAAGCUGGCGUGCCUGGGCCCUUCAGAGGCUUCUGCCCCGCAGCCUGAGGACAGGAUGCUCAAGGGACAGCUCCCAAGCACAGGCAAAGACGUCGCCCCCCACCUGGGGCCCCCGCCUACCAACCACGGUCAGGAUCCCGAGAGGACCCCGGUGCUCCCUCUGACCUUUCCGGCACAAAUCAGCAACGAGGACCCAGAAGCUAAGGCAAAGCCCUUCACCCCAAAGCCCCCGCCGCAGCCCAGGCUGGAGCGGGCUCUGUCACUGGACGAGAAAGCGUGGAGGCGGCGGCGUUUUCGGACCAGCCCGGAGGACCUGGCAGCGGGCAGUGGGGCCGGUGGCUCCAGGGGCUCCUUGCAGGACGAGGUCCCCAGGCCUCCCGGCCCCCCUGGGUCCCCACCCUGCUUGAGUACCUCCCUGCAGGAGAUCCCCACAUCCCGCCGGGCCCAGGACAGCGCAGGUGGCAGCCCCUCCUCGUGGGGCCACUGUAUCUCCGGAAUGAUCAGCACUUCCCUGGACCUCCUGCACCGGGAUGGGGCCGUGGCUGGGACCAGCGUCAGGCUGCCUCCUGUGGACCCCAAGGUGGCCCCCGAGUCCCUGCGGCCCACACACAGAGUGGACUCAGGUCCGGUUGAUGGCAAGCCCCACCUACAGAGCAGACUGUUCCGCGCCCACAGCAGCCUGGGCCCUGGCCGGCCCCCAAGCCCCCUCGUCUGUGAGGCCAGAUCCUCCUUCAGCCUCCUGGCCCCCAUCCGCGCCAAGGACGUCCGGAGCAGGAGCUACCUCGAGGGGAGUCUCCUGGCAAGUGGGGCCCUGAUGGGGGCGGAGGAACUGGCCCGGUACUUCCCAGACCGCAACCUGGCCCUCUUCGUGGCCACCUGGAACAUGCAAGGUCAGAAGGAGCUGCCCCCAAACCUGGAUGAGCUCCUGCUGCCUGCUGAGGCUGACUACGCCCAGGACCUGUAUGUCAUCGGGGUCCAGGAGGGCUGCUCCGACAGGCGGGAGUGGGAGACGCGCCUGCAGGAGACGCUGGGUCCCCGCUACGUCACGCUGUACUCGGUAGCCCAUGGGGCACUCUACAUGUCUGUGCUCAUCCGCAGGGACCUCAUCUGGUUCUGCUCAGAGGUGGAGAGCUCCACGGUGACCACGCGCAUCGUAUCUCACAUCAAGACCAAGGGGGCCCUGGGCGUCAGCUUCACUUUCUUCGGCACCUCUUUUCUCUUCAUCACAUCCCAUUUCACCUCUGGAGACGGGAAGGUGAGCGAGAGGCUGCUGGACUAUAGCAGAACCAUCCAGGGCCUGGCCCUGCCCAAGAGUGUGCCUGACACCAGCCCCUACCGCUCCGAUGCUGCGGAUGUCACCACCCGGUUCGAUGGGGUGUUCUGGUUUGGAGACUUCAACUUCCGUCUGAGUGGUGGGCGCGUGGCCGUGGAGGCCAUCCUGAAGCAGGACCUGGUAGAGAAGGUGUCUACUCUGCUCCAGCAUGACCAGCUCACCCAGGAAAUGAAGAAAGGGUCCAUCUUCAAGGGCUUCCAGGAGCCAGACAUCCAUUUUCUUCCAUCCUACAAGUUCGACAUUGGUAAGGACUCCUACGACACCACCUCCAAGCAAAGGACCCCAUCCUACACGGACCGGGUCAUGUACAGAAGCCGCCACAAGGGUGACAUCUGUCCAGUCAGGUAUUCUUCCUGCCCUGGCAUCAAGACGUCUGACCACCGCCCCGUGUACGGCCUGUUCCGGGUCAAAGUGAGGCCGGGGAGAGACAACAUCCCGCUAGCUGCUGGCAAGUUUGACCGAGAGCUGUACUUGAUAGGAAUCAAAAGACGGAUUUCCAAAGAAAUCCAGAGACAGCAAGCACUGAAAAAUCAGCACUCGAGUACGAUUUGUACCGUGUCUUGAGGUCUGCUCGAGGACCACUAUUGCCUCCACGCAAGGUUAUCUGACCAAAAGCCCCUAAAAAGAUGGAAGAGGCGGCUGUCGGGGACUUUCCCCCUUUCCAGGCAGCCAACGACCGACCGCUCGAGGUUCACAUGCUUUCCUUCCAAGAACCUGAGAGGCGGCUGAAGAGCAGUGUGGCAGUGCCCGAGACGAACCAGCCCCACUAACGGCAUGUCCUUUACCCCGCGGGCAGUACACACAUGGGACACAUGGGCCACGCCGCACCCUUGGUCCCUCGGAGCAGACAUCUGGGUGGGACGUGGCCUGGAGCACCCUCUGCCCACACCUCCCCACCCCCCAGCCCGUGUCUGCAGCACUCGAGUUGACCUGUGGUGCACCCUGGGACAUGCCCUUCCCCAUCUGAGCACAGGGGGCUGGGUCCCUAAGCGAGGGAGCAGCAGGGGCCUCCUCCCACCUAGUACACCAGGACCAAACCCAGGCCCGGGAAGUCAGGCCAAAGCCUACUGACUUCCAAGGAGGGAAUGUGGUCCACUGUCCGCUGGAUGAGGCCUGGCCUGUUUUAGGGCCACCUGUCUUGGGGGGAUGGCCUGGCUCCUCCAGCCAUGAAACCACCUCCCUCUCUUCUCCUGGUUUUGGUGAUUUCAGACCAUUUUACAUAUCACCAGCCUCAAAUAGCAUUAACGUUAAGUAGUGCAUUUCCUGGCCUGAGGAAGCAGGGGAAGCUAGAAUGUCCUUGCCACAUUCCAGAUCUCUUCUUUCUUCAAGGGCUGAGCUUAUCAUUGCCCACAGUGGCUCUUAGAGACAGGCUGUGAAUGUGGGAAAACCAAGGGGCAAUCUAGUCUUUUAAAUUAUUUAUUUUUCCAUAUUUUAUAUUUUUAAAUAAAUCCACGUUAAAUCUUAAAUUCUUUCUGGCGAAAGAUUGAGUCCUAGAAAUUAUCUGUACACUCAGCCUGUUCUCACGUUCUCAGAAAACAUGGGUGUCAAGUUCAAAGGCAGGAAAUGUGUACACUGUGGCUCCCCACUGUGAUCUGCUGCACGCCUGGCCACCUCCCCAGUCCAGGGGCUGGCUGGAAAGAGCUUUUCAGAGAGAAGGGGAUACCCCAGACCUGAGUGAACCACAAGGAAAUGAAGUCACUUCCUAAGGAGACUAUACCCACUUUAUUAGUGCUCGCUUCCAAAACUAGGAGCCAGAUGCCCAGUCUCUGGACAGAGGGGAGAAUCCAUUCAUGAGAAUCCUCAGACUUUAAGAAACUUCAGAUUGUAUAAAAUUUUGUUCAAAGAAA